GCCCAAUUCCCUCAAAAAUUGGCAAAAAAGGUGCAAAACCGAUGUACGUUGUUCACAAAUCAAGUAUCAAGAUUGAAAGAAACUACUCUCUUUAUUGUUUCCUCGUCACCUUCGAACUGUCCCUUUCAUAUCCAACACUGAAUCUGCUGCUGAUCAAGAAAUACAAAAGCACACAAAAUUCCAUUCCGCCACUCAGAUCCUGUUACUCCACAAACUACACACACUGCUCUAACAGGAAGCAGGGCCCUUCUCAAGUCUCACCCCUUUUGUCCCCUCCGCCGCCACUGCCACCGCCUCUGCCCCCGGGAAGAGCCCAGAAAGCUGUCCUCUGUUGAAAACAUGGGCCGUGCCAAUGAGAAGAUUGGGGAGGAAGAGAAGCACCGGAAGGCCGACCCUGUAGCGCCGCCGUCUGAUGUCAGUGGUUUCACCAUCACCACAGAAGGGGAAGCUGAGAUUUUAAUGCACCCCGGGAAUGAAGUCUUUUAUAACAAAAGCCAGGUUAAUAACAGAGACAUGUCUAUUGCUGUUUUGAGGACAUUUAUAUCGAAGCGCAAACAGGAGCAUGAAGCAAUGCUGUCCAGGAAAAAAACAAAUGGACCCCAGGUUGCAGAUGAGCCUGCUGUUAAGCAACAAGCUGAUGUAGAUUCAGCAAGGCCUAAUGGAAAAUUGAAUGGGGAAUGUGAAGAUUCUGAUGAGAUAUUUCAAGAUGAACCCUGCAGCAUCUCUGAUGACAAACAAGAAGGGAAAGGCCCAGGAGAACUGAAGCCACCACGAGUUCUUGAGGCAUUGUCGGCUUCCGGACUUAGAUCCAUAAGAUAUGCACGCGAAGUAGAUGGAAUUGGUCAAGUUGUGGCCCUGGACAAUAAUAAAGCCUGCGUCGAAGCUUGCAGGAGAAACAUUAAAUUUAAUGGUUCAAUGGCAUGUUCAAAGGUGGAGUCUCAACUUGCUGAUGCUAGAGUUUACAUGCUUACUCACCCAAAAGAAUUUGAUGUGGUUGAUCUUGACCCGUACGGUACACCAUCUACUUUCCUGGACUCUGCUGUUCAGUCAGUUGUUGAUGGGGGCAUAUUGAUGUGCACAGCAACUGAUAUGGCAGUGCUCUGUGGGGCUAAUGGUGAGGUCUGCUAUUCCAAAUAUGGGGCUUAUCCAUUGAGAGGCAAAUAUUGUCACGAGAUGGCUUUGAGAAUCGUUCUUGCAUGUAUUGAGAGCCAUGCAAAUCGAUACAGGCGAUACAUUGUCCCGGUGCUCUCUGUUCAGAUGGAUUUCUAUGUACGAGUUUUUGUCCGAAUAUACACUUCUGCUAGUGCAAUGAAGAACACUCCUUUAAAGCUCUCGUACGUUUAUCAGUGCACUGGUUGUGAUUCUUUUCAUCUUCAGCCACUUGGAAGGACCGUGUCCAAGAACAAAAGUAUAAGAUACCUUCCUGGAUUUGGUCCUGUUGUUGCCCAAGAAUGCAGCUACUGUGGAAAGAAAUACAACAUGGGGGGGCCCAUAUGGUCCGCCCCAAUCCAUGACAUGGAUUGGGUGACUUCCAUUCUUGAAGAUGUCAAGUCUAUGAGGGAUCGGUAUCCUGCUUUCAGUCGGAUCUUUGCUGUACUGACUACAAUUUCGGAGGAAUUACCUGAUGUUCCUCUAUUUUUGAGUUUGCACAAUCUCUGUGCAACACUAAAAUGCACAUCCCCAUCUGCUGUGAUAUUCCGUUCUGCUGUGAUUAAUGCGGGGUAUCGCAUAUCAGGAACACACAUUAACCCUCUGGGCUUGAAAACCGAUGCUCCUAUGGAUGUGAUUUGGGAUAUCAUGCGCUGUUGGGUCAAAAACCAUCCCGUGAAAGCUCAGCCACCUGAUCAGGCCGGAAGUGUCAUCCUUGCCAAGGAGCCCAUUCUACAGGCUAAUUUUGCACGAGCUGUUGCUUCCCUUAGCAAGGCACAGGCCAAAAAGGUUGCAAGAUAUCUUCCAAAUCCCGAGAGACACUGGGGGCCUAAGGUGAGGGCAGGUCGUCGAAUUACCAGCAAGCACGCCUCACUUGUUGGCCCAGAGGCAGUUAAAGUAGUGAAGGACCAUGAAGAAGGCGAUGAGCCCCCAAGCAAGCGUAGCAAGACAGAGGAAGGAGAUCCUUCUGCUUGUAUAUGAAUAGGAGUUUUUUUGAAGUAGCAACAUCAGUUGUAUGGACAGUUUUUUGCUUUUCUACCUGUUUUUCGUUUGUUCUAGACAACCUUUGAACAGCAAGAUAACUUAAAUCUAAAAUUUCCCGCUCUUAAUUAUUUGCUGGA